CCCUUCCUCAGCCUCGUGCUGUUCGCCCUGGCCGGCGCCGUGGGCUUCGUGACCCACUACCUGCUCCCGCAGCUCCGCAAGCACCACCCGUGGAUGUGGCUCGCACACCCCGUGCUGAGGAGCAGGGAGUACCGGCAGCGGGAAGUGACAGACGCCGCCCACCUGAUGUGGUUCGAAAGGCUCUACGUGCGGCUGCAGUGUUUUGAAAAGUACAUCCUGUACCCGGCCAUCAUCCUCAACGCGCUCACCAUCGAUGCGUUCUCCAUCAGCAACUACCGGAGGCUCGGGACCCACUGGGACAGCUUCCUGCUGAUCGUGGCGGGCAUGAAGCUGCUGCGAGCCUCCUUCUGCCACCCCGGGCGCCAGUUCGCGCCCCUGGGCUUCGCCGUCCUCUUCUUCCACUUCGACUGCAGGGGCCUGUCCGAGAGCUUCCUGCUGGACUUCUUCCUCGUGUCCAUCCUGUUCAGCAAGGCUCUCCCCACCUCCCCUGCAGCGUCUGCCCUUUCUCGGCGGCUCUCGGCUGAGUCGGAGUGUGAGAGUGAGUCUCUCGUUCCUGGCUUUGCUUACGUGGAAAUACCAGCCGCCGAGCUCAGCAAAACGUAA